GUAUAUGCAUAUGGCUAUAUUUCUGGUGUUGAUGGCAAUGGUUCUUGUGUUCGAAGUAUGUCCUAUGAAAGUCCUGCUUUGUCACCUGCAUUUCUCCUUGAAGACUGGACAUCUACUGAGUAUUCUACAUGGACUGAGAGUAGAUGGACUGGAUACUCGGCCAGGGCAUUCUAUGUUUCAAGCAAAGCCCAGCAGACCAUAAUUCUCUCAAUCGGCGUCAUCAUAUUGCUUGUUUCUCUGGUAACGGUAUAUUUCAUCGAUAAAAAAUCAGAUAUACUGUUCUCGCAGGAACGAGAAUCAUCAUAUUAGAGUUGUUCAUCCGAUGAAUCCACACCCUUCAGUAUGUACAUUGCACAGGCUGAAUUCUAUGUCAUUAACUGCGAGGCUGUAUUCAAUGUUACAUAGUCCUGUUAACUUAUUCAUGGAAAUGCAGUUCUCUAUAUCACUGUCUGUACAAUUGACAUUAGAUACUAAAUGUUGUACACCAGUAAUGAAGAGAGGAUAUACAGACAGUGGCUAUAUAUAGCUAGUGCACUUAUUAGGUAAUCCACAGUUGCCAUGGUAACAGAACCACUAAGUCUCAUACUGCCACUAUUUUCCUGCAAUUUGUGGCAGUUCUUAAUAUUUGCUUUCUUAUGAAUGUAUUGCUGCAUAACAUUUUAAGUACAUUGUAGUCAUCUGUUAAGAAUUUAACUUUGAAAAUUGAGCUGCUCAGGAGUAGUUUAUAGUAUUAUAUACUCUCACAUUUAUACCAUCAUAAAAAUAAUAAAAUCUAUCUCAAAACUAAGUGAAAAAAAUAAAAUGUUACAGUUUCUAAAGUCAGACCACACUGCUCUGUUAAUAACAGUACUAGUUUGUGUUCAACUUUUUGUACAAAAAAAAAUAAUAGUAAUAUCCUAGUUGUGAAGUGUUUCUAUAUUUAAGUGAAUUUUUGAAGAUGUGUUUAUCUUUACAGUGUACAUAUACAUUAUACAUGUUCAGGGCCAACGGAGUAAUAACUUAAUAUGUCCAUGAAUGCCCUUAUAACCUGGCUGAGGAUAUAAUAAUAACCAGUCUGUUAUUGAAUCCAGGACUUAGUACCGAUAGUUACUAGCAAGAUAACCAAGUAUAAUAGAAAAAUAAAUGUUCUCAGCUGGACAUUGUUUACUUCAUCAGAAAUAGAAGUGUUCGUGUAAAUGACAUGUUUAAUAGAUUACCCAUGAUUUGUAUCCUGUAAACCGAUUAAUUUUCGCAGCUUGGAAUUUUCAGAAUUUUUGUGGCAGUUGUGGCGUGGCGCUGACACUCGCUGUACCUCAGAGAAAUUUUCACUGCUACAUAAUUCAUAAUUUUUACAGUUUGUCUCUCCAGCAGUUUUCCUCUAACAGUAACUUUUACUGCAAAUACAAUUAAAUUGCUAUCGAGUCACUUUAAAAGUUGCAUCAGUGGCACUUUUCAGUAUUCCAGGGUGUCACCAAGCACUUCUCAUUAUCCUAGGCUGUCACCAAGCAAUUUUAGGGUGUCAGCUGAAUUGACUCGCGAAGAUAUCACAAAAUAAAUACUCAAUGUCAAGUAUUUUCUAUUAAGAUUGGUCUGAAAUGUUUAUGAAUUUAUAGGACGACUAUUUUACUGCAUGCAGAUGCAUGAGAUUUAUUGUAGUCAAGACAAUAAUAUCUUAUUUGUUAAAUUGCUAAAUUUGGUUUUGAUCAGUAUAACUAGUGAAAACAUAAAACUUUGACAAGGAAAUUAAAAUUAUAUCUCAGACAUGCCUGGGACGAUUCCAUUCAUGCUUUACAUCAUAUACAUGUGCAUUUGUUUCAUGAUUUAGUUCAAGAUGGCCGACAUAUCAUCAUGCUACUCUUUAAUCUGGAUAUCUGGUGUUUAGCUCAAAAGAGAUCAUUUUGAAUAAUUACUAGCAGGGACUAUGUCAUUUUCAAUGAUUUUUGAAAUUAAGAUUUGGGCAAUUCUAAAAUGCUGGCCUAUUGAAAUAAUUCAAAGAUUUUAGAAAUUCAUAUUUUCAUUUGUAUUGUCUGUAUAGAAUCACCUUGCAAAUCAUCAAGGUGAAACAUAGAUAGUGAUUUUUUUCGAUGCACUUAAACUUUUGUACAUAUAUAUGUAAAAUGAAUUUUCAAUACUUUGGGUAAUUUUUAAUUUUGACACUGAUGGAGAUUCUGGAAAUUGUGAAUUGAUAAUAAUGGAAGUUUUAUUUUAUAAAUGCUUGUAAAAUCAUGAAGUUUCAAAUAAUAAAAAAAAAAUGCAAAGUAA